AUGGAGGGUCUUCUAACGGCAGUCAAAACUAUCAAGCGGGACUCAGACGCCCUGAUCGCAUCUGAGUCUCGUGCCGCUCCGCCAGCAAAGCAGAACUUGGAUCUUGAAGAUCUAUCAUCACGCCACAUUAUAGAUCUACUCAAAUCCAAUCCUGAUCGUGAGCAGCUCUCCGCAAUUCUAUCAGCCCUUGAUCCAUACAGCAAACCCCAGGCUACGAGGGACUUCAACCUCCGGAUUCCAGGUCCCAUUACAGCCCAGAUCCUCCAAUUGUUAGUCAGCACCACGAUUCCAGAUCAUUGGACAUCGCUGGAUGCAAAGGAUAGCAAAGGGAAAGACGCCAAGUCUCGAGCAGCACUAUUGAGAUGCCUUAGCAGUGUUGCGGGUCUUGGGUCCUUAGUGGCUCAACUACGAUCUCUGAUCAGUGCUGCCCGGGCUUCUGCUCAGCAAACCCAAGCUUCAAGCAGCCAACUCGGCAUCCGGGAUCUCUUGGCUGUGCUUGCUGCCCUGCUAGAACCAACGGACUUUUUAUUCCGUCUUUUCUCUGACAUUUCGGUCAUAUAUGACAACAAAACCCGGCAACAAGUCACGUGGAGAGAGCUUGUAUCGCUUGGUGCUGCCAGCAAGAUUUUAUCGACAGCAGCUGAAGCUCUUACUGUGGUUGAUGAGUCUCGCUCGAUAACUUCAUUCUCCUGGGUUGGAAAUGGCUCACAAUAUGCAUCAUGGCUUGGACGAAAUGUUUCCCAUAUGGCAGCGAAGUUGAACAUGGAUAAUGGAAGCGAUUGGGUCUCGGUUGCUUUGCUGACUGGGCGAGCUUUAAGCCUUGGUUAUACAGAUCAGGUUGCCAGAGAAGUCUACUUGGGUCUACUUCUUGAACAGUCCUCACCAGCAAGGUUCGGGCUUUUAUUAACUCAUCUCAAAAGGACGGAGCAGAUUGCAUUAGUGGAGGCGAUCUUCCGAGACGUCCAGCGAAAAUAUUUCUCCGAUGAUCAACCUGGAGCAGUCGGUCAAUCAAUCGUUUACGCAGAGCCUAUCAAAGGAGUGGCAGCUUUGUGUUCCGCCAUCAUUUCGUGCCAGCCAGACCUGGAAAGCCAAGUCGUGGAAUGGCUCUCAAAGUCACAAGGUGGCUCGAUAAACACACUAGGACUACGUCGUGGACUCUUGGCCACGUUCAGUAACCGCGAUGACCUGUUGAAGGCACUGCUUAUACGCAGUCUUGAGCAAUUUGGAGACAAGUUCUCUAUCAAACAUCUUCCAAGCGUGGUUCAGAAUGCAACUGCGCAAGUGAUUCUCAUUGCCGCAGGCCACCUUCACCGACUUGACCAAGCGCAGGUGAAGGAGGUAGGCCGGUCAGGGGCAUAUCUCAAUGCAGUCUCCAAUCGACUAGCGGCAUCCUCAAACAGAGCACGGCUUCUUGGCAUGAUUGUCGGAAUGGGAAUAUCCGAACUCAUCGAGGAACCAGGCAAAGCGCUGAAAUUUGACCUGGAGGAAAUGCGGAGCGAGGAAGCUCUCUGGUAUUUGAGUUUGACACAAGUCCAGGACAAGGUCAGCUCUCCUGAAUUCAUCAGACUCCUACAAGAGUCACGUCCCGCAAAACCUGAGCCAGUCCGCUCUAAGCCAGCACAAAAGCCGAAAGCGCCGUCCUUCCGCCCACAAACAAGCAAGAUUGUUGCUAUUGAAGAAAUAGAGGACAGUAAUGACGACGAAGAUGAAACCGACGAUCUGAUUCCCUAUGAAAGGCCAGAUGAUGAUGCCUACGAUUCAGAUGACGAUCCCACCUUGGUCCAACGGAAUAAGCCCACAGCACCUGUGUAUAUUCGUGACUUGAUACCAGCUCUCAGGGAUACCGAGAAUGUUGAGCGCCAUCACCUCGCCAUAACCACCGCACCGUCUUUGAUUCGACGCAAGAUCGGAUUUGGAAGCGAACUUGCCGAGCAAAUCGAAGAGCUUGCUCUAACCAUCGUAGGUCUCCAAAACGACAACAAACAUCCCUCAUUCCAUGAAUGCCGCCUACAGAGCAUGAUCGCAUUGAUCGUAUCUCAACCACUCAAAAUGGGUCGCUGGUUCACUGCCAUAUACUUCGAUGGAGAUCUUUCCCAGGUCCAACGAUCUGCUGUUCUCACAGCGCUGGGUCUGAGUGCUCGCGAGUUGGCGGGCAACGGCGAAGCCGACGCCAAAGCACUGCGCCUCCCGAGUACCGAUGAUACGUCAUUCCCAUCGAAGCGGCUUCCGCCUGCCCUCGAGGCGAUGUAUUCAGGCACAGAUGAGUCUCCCAUCGCGACGCUCACCAGGGAAUUGUCUCACGCGUCCUUGGAGCCACUCGCGGCCACUGCAGCAGAUACAAUGUCCGGCCCAAAUGCUCUAAAAGUGCGCACCUUCUCUUCACGCAUGGAAGUCGAGAAGAAACGAAAUCAGCGUGAAGCUCAGCGCCAAAAGUCCACGGCAAAGGAUCUGUACAAGGUGCUUGCUGAAGGCUUCUUCUUCCCACUACACGGGCGCUUCGAAUCAAUGAUGCUGCAAUACUCCUCGUCCUCUGCGUCCUCAUACAACCCAUUCUUCAUCCCCCAUCUCUUAACUCUCUUCCUACAAACGCUCUCCCUCAUCCUCUCCACAGCAGGCCCUCACACCCCCUUCCUCUCUGUCCUCACACACGAAACCCUCUCCCUCCUCUUAUCACUGCACACAGCCGCGGUGUCCAGCGAGCCAACCGUAACAGCUGCGCUUCUAUCGCUUUUCCUUGCUGUGGUCGAUCUGAAUAUUGCGUCCGGCUCGAAUGGCGAAGAACGCCUUGUUACUGAGUGUGCAACGCAGGUGAUCGAGUUGCGCGAGUGGGCUUCUCAGGUCUUCGACCGGACGCCGCCUUCUGCUGCGCGGGCUGAUCCUAGCUCGGCCGUUACUGAUCCCCAGGAGCAGAUACGUACACUUGCUGCUGGUGUUAUGGUGCGGACUGGUGAGAUCAUGCAGCGGUAUCAGGGUCGGUUGAUGGGUGUGCAUUCUGGGUUCGACUACUAG